AGAAGGCCAAAGCGGACAUCUUGAGUGGAAAGGUUGUGAAAGCAGUUCUCACUUGGGGAGCCCCCGCGCUAACCUCAAACAUCUGACGACCUACCAAUUACAUUUCAAGGGAAUAUAGAUACGAUAGAUUAUCAAAUUAGUGGCAAACACAUGCAUUGAUUAAGGUAUGAAAGUAUGAAAUAUAAGUUCAACAUUGAAAAACCCGCUUCCGAAGCCAGUUGAGGUAAUAUCACUUCCGAGAUCAGCGUAUUGCAGAGUCCUUCUGCAUACCAAUCUUCUCCCUCGCGCCACGAAUUAACCCCACAUGCAGGGACAACAGGUCUAUAAUCAGCCUGUAAUGCACUAUCUUAUCAUCGUGUGACGUCAAAAGAAACUUCCUAUCAGCUCAUCUGUGUCCUUUACUUGAAGUCAAGUAAGACAUUCAAUACAUGCAGCUUGCAUCUUGCAGCUACAUUCUUUUAUCAUGCCAUAUGUAUUCCACUUCUUCCCUUAAUCGUUUUCUUUUGUUCCUCAAUUGUCAAGCUCACUUGAUUCUUUACUUUUGAGACCACACAAACAAAAUGGGUUCAAUAACACCAUCCUCCGAGACUAGCUCAGGCUCAAGCUCUAUCUCAACAUGCAGUUGCACCUCUCCCCAUCCUCCAUAUCCCCUCCACUCAAGUAUCCUUCCCAAACUCGACCCCACAUACAAAUCUUUCUAUAAUACCCAUCUUAUAAACAACCAAGUAGUACAUCACCAACCUCUCCAUAUUUCUCGUUCCUCUUCCAUUCUACUCCCUGGUGCUUCAGAUCCGCUGUCUGUGGGAUCUAUUUUUGAUUUGAAAAUUCCUUCGAAUGAUUCACAUGAGAUAGGUAUAGGAAAUGGGAAGGAAGGGGACUUGACAAAUGAAGAAAAAGGAGAGAUUGAUGUAAGAGUAUUUAUACCGGAAGGAGAGAAGCCAGACGGUGGAUGGCCUCUUUGCAUGUAUUUUCAUGGAGGAGGAUGGGUGUUGGGAGGAAUCGAAACAGAAAAUACGGUUUGUACGCAUUUGUGUCAGAGGGGUGACGUGGUGGUUGUUAGCGUUGAUUAUCGGUAUGAAGAUAGACUUUUUUUUAUUCUACUGGGAUGCCUGCAAGCUUCAGGCUACAGAUGAUCAAGUGAUUAUCACAUGAGCCUACACCAAACAAACUAAAUCUAGAUUCCCUAUAAAACCCUGCCUUAAAGCUCUAACAAACCUAGUCUCGCACCGGAAAACCCCUAUCCCACCGCUCCAAACGACUGUCAAACAGCACUCCUCUCCAUUCUCACCCACCCAGCCCACCAUUCCCUCCCCAUAAACCCCACUCUCAUCGCGCUGUCCGGUUCCUCCGCCGGCGGAAACAUCGCCGCAGUCCUCUCUCACCGUUUCUCCUCCCUAUUCCCAAAUUUCCGCAUUUCCCUGCAAUUACUCAUCGUACCAGUAACCGACAACACCGCCUCUCCAUCCACAUAUCCCUCCUGGAAAGAAAAUGAAUUUUCCCCCGCAUUACCCGCGGAGAAAAUGAUGUGGUUUCGCAAUUUUUAUUUACCCGAUCAGCAGAAAUGGGGAGACGUGGAUGCGAGUCCGUUGUUGAAUGAUGGGGCGUGGGAGGAGCAACCUAGGACUCUGGUUGUGGUGGGGGAAUUGGAUGUUUUGAGGGAUGAGGGAAUUGCGUAUGCGGGGUUGGUGGGGAGCGCGGGGGUUAAGUGUAGAUUGGAGGUUAUGAGGGGGAUGCCGCAUCCUUUUUGUAAGUUUUCUUUUGGGGAAAGGGGUGGAAGUUUGGGAGGGUGAGUUUUGGAUUGUGAUUUUGCUGACGGGUGAUUUACAGUGGCUAUGGAUGGGGUGUUGAAACAGGGGGCCCAGACGAUUACUUAUAUGGUGGAGGAAUUGAGAGAUGUGUUUUGGAAGGGGAAAUGAUGUGAUGGGGAUAAGUGAGAGGAGUAUACUGCAUUUCACCUAUCAGGAGAAAAACGUAUAGAUUAUAGAGAACGUUUUAACAUGUACGUGGCAAGAAUUCAAUAAGAGCAAAGAAAUGCAAUCCCAACCUAAAACAUAAACCCAGAAUCCCCCUCUUUGAUCAAAAUCAUACAAAGCACCCCGAGCCCCAAAUCCCCACGUGAACACACUAAACAACCCCCCAACCUGGCCUCCCCUUCUCCUCCACCUCCCCCUGCAAAUUAACCUCCUUCCCCCUACUCCUAUCCCUCCAAUCCACAUACCCAAUCGCAUCAUCCGACUCCCUCCACUCUUCCCAACCCUGUUCGAUUCUCCCCACCAACUGCGCCGUAGUAGGACGAUCCACGCUACGAACCUUCAACAUCGCGCUUACGAUUUCUUUAAGUCCGCGCGUAUAUGUCUUAUCGCUCAAUCUCGACAUGACGUAAUAAUAGUCCAAUUGUUGGGCUGGAGGAAUCCCGGUCAUCAUUGUGAAGACUGUGGCGCCUAGUGACCAGAUUUCUGAGGGGGGUCCCCAGCUU